AUGGCCAGCUACCGCCCGCCUCAAGCUGGGCAGCCCCCAGCCAAUAAGGUGCUGGCCCGUCACAGUCCCGUCUACUUCAGUGGGUACCUGGAGUUUAGGCCAAAAGCCGAAAAGCGGACUGAAACCUCUGCACCAGGAAACAACAAAAUUAACAAGCCGCCAGGGCUAAAACUGGCAACCUGGAACGUCAGAACAAUGUGUCCUGGCCUGUCUGAUGACCUCCAGCAAAUCGACAAUGCCAGGAAGACCGCCAUCAUUGACCGCGAACUAAAGAGGCUGAACAUUGAUAUCGCAGCACUGCAAGAGACGCGACUCUCCGAGAGCGGCAGCCUGAAGGAGAGCAACUACACGUUCUUCUGGCGGGGGCAAGAGCACCACGAGCGCCGACUCUAUGGCGUCGGUUUUGCUGUCCGGAACACCCUCCUAUCCACCAUAGAAGCGCCCUCUUCAGGCACACCACAUGUCCUCUCCCUUCGCCUCACCACCUCUUCUGGACCAACCAACAUUCUUAGCGUCUACGCCCCAACACUCAGCUCCGCAACCGAGGCUAAGGACCAGUUCUACGAGGAGCUCGAGGCAAAGAUCAGGCUGGUUCCCAAGAAGGAGCACCUAUUCCUACUUGGAGACUUCAACUCCCGUGUGGGAGCCGACCACAAUUCCUGGCCUCGCUGCAUGGGCGUCGGCAAGCUCAACGAAAAUGGCCAGCGCCUCCUUGAGCUGUGCUCCUUCCAUGACCUCUGUCUCACCAACACCUUCUUCCCCACCAAGCCCCACCACAGGAUGUCCUGGAGACACCCAAGGUCUCAUCACUGGCACCAGUUGGACUUUGUCGCCACCAGAAGAUCCUUGCUGAAUCAAGUGCUGGUCACACGCAGCUACCACAGCGCUGACUGCGACACCGACCACUCCCUCGUCGCAAGCAAGGUGCGCCUCCUUCCCAGACGUGCCCACCACUCCAAACAGAAGCCCGACCCCGUGUAA